AGAAACCCUAGAGGAGAUGUCUAAUCUAAUAGCUCCGCUUCCUAAGAGAGAACAAGAUGAUGAAUUUUCCUCCUCCUCCUCUGUUCCCUCAGCCAUCGUCUCCGUCGUUUUCAUCACUUCCAGAUGAAAUCGUUGAGAGUUUCUUAGCCCGGAUAUCGAUAUCUUACUACCGUUCCCUCUCCCUAGUGUCCAAGAGCUUCUACUCUCUUGUCUCUUGUCGGAAAAUCUUCACUGUCCGAUCCCAAAUCGGAGCCACAGAGCCUUGCCUCUACGUGUGCUUGUGGUUACCCAAGAAUCGUAGCUGGAUUUACCAAAAAAAAAGAAGAGAAAAAAAUCAUAGCUGGUUCACUCUAAUCAAUCCUGUAGAGGCCCACAUUGAUCAGGUAGAGGGUUUGUUACGUCGAGAACCGGUAAGAAUCUCUUCCUCCAAUGAUCCCGCUCGGUUAAAUUCGACCAGUGUCACCGUCGGUUUCGAAAUCUACCAGAUCGGUGGAACCGUCGGGGACAAGCGAUCCAAAGCCGUCGAUGUGCUUGAUUGUCGGAGUCACACGUGGCGUCGUGCUCCGGAUCUGACAGUGGCAAGGGAAAGCGCCAAGUCUUGUUUUUUAGACGGGAAAAUAUAUGUAACUGGAGGAGAGGAGGAAUCCAUGAAUUGGGGUGAGGUUUUCGACAUAAAGUCUCAAACUUGGAAGCCAUUGCCUAGCCCUAGUGAUACUGGACUCGAUCCGAGUGAUCACCAAGUUGUAGUUUUGGGAGGAAGGCUAUGCGUCAUCACCAAGCAUAAGAACAAGUAUGCAUAUGAUCCGAAAGAAGGAAGCUGGCUACCAGAUACGGGUUUUUUGGGUUCAGUAGAACCUUUACUAACUGAACCUUGUUGUUUUAUAGACAAUGUAUUGAUUGUGGAACGUGGCGGUAAGUUCAAGUGGUAUGACUCAAGUAAUGGAGAUUGGUUAAUGGUCGAAGGUUUGGAAGAUCUGUAUGCGAAGCGUUGUCUUGUGGAGGACCGAAUGGUUCGAUUAGUUAACCAUGGGGGGAAACUGGUAAUUAUAUGGAACCAGUGGAAAUGGCUUCCAUAUUCCGAUUUUCGGCCCCCAUACAUUAAUAUUUGGUGUGCGGUGAUUAGGUUGGAGCAGCGUGUGACUCCAUUCGGAACCCAGCUUCGUGGGGACAUUGAACGGUGUAACGUUGUUGUUUAUGAUGUCCACAAAUCAUAUCAGCUCUUGAGCUGCCAAUCGGUUUCCAUAUGAAACUCAUCUUUUUUUUUAUUAACUUUGCUUUCAAUUUUUAUUUUUCUUUAGCUGUUUUUUUUGUUUUUUUAAACUUAUGUUGUUGGUUUUUCUUUAUUGUAGUAUAUUGCAUUGCCUUGAUUUACACAUAAAAAUUCAGAAAAGACUUUUAUAUGAUUAAUUAUUGUUUGAAAAUGAAAAACCA